ACCGCCUCUUGUUCCCCAGCUGUGUCCACCUAUCUUUCUGUCCCCCAGCACCCCCUUUUACUUCCCUCCCUCCCUCUCCCAUUUCCCUCUCCCCCCUUUCCCUUUCCCAUUCAUUCUUCCCCUACAUGACUUCUCCUCCUUUCCUCAUUGAUCUUCCAGCUGGGUCGCCCUCACCCCUCGGAAAAUACCAUAGCGACCUCCCCUUCCCUCCUGGGUCUCCGCCGCCCUGCAGGAAAGGAUUCAGCCCCUUCCUCAACCUCCAGCUGCCUCUGGCGACCGGGAAAGGUUACAGCGACCACCCUGUCCAUACUGCCGGCCUUUCCCCAAACGCAGACAAAAGGUGCAACGAAUCCUCUCAUCCUCUGGAAUCUCCCUGCUUCUCCAGAGACCCUUUUUCUUGCCUCACUGGCAGCCCUGGAAUUUCUUCUACGACCAACACGCCCCCCUGCCCACCCCAGCUGAUUCCCUCUCCGCCUCCACGGUCUCGUCUUCCACAGCCACAACCUCCCUCGCACUCAGGGAGAUGUUAUUUUGAGUCCUCUUCCCCACUCCUGGAAAAGACCUACUGCCGCGAGCCCUGCCACUCAGGUUCCCCACCUUCCAGCCCCUAUUUUGAGCAGUUCAGCAUAACGGGGUCACCCCCUGUCUGUCAGCGGACCCCUUAUUGCACCUGGAUCCGUCCCUCGAGAAUGCGGCGUCCCUGUCUUCAAGGCUGCCACAGAGCCCAAAUUCCCUGCUGUUCGACUGGCUCUGCAGAAUUUUGACAUGACUUACAGUGUGCAGUUUGGAAAUCUUUGGCCGUCAAUCCGUGUCAGUCUCCUCUCAGAGCAGAAGUAUGGUGCACUGGUCAAUAACUUUGCUGCCUGGGAUCAUGUGAGUGCUAAGCUGGAGCAGCUGAAUGCCAAGGACUUUGUGAAGGAAGCCAUCUCCCACUGGGAACUGCAGUCUGAGGGUAGCCAAUCUACAGCCCCAUCCCCUCCUUCUUGGGCCUGCAGUCCAAAUCUUCGAUGCUUCACUUUUGCCAAAGGAGAUGUCAGUCGCUUCCCUCCUGCCAGACCUGGCAACCUGGGUGUCAUGGACUACUACCUGAUGGAUGCUGCCUCCUUGCUGCCUGUCCUGGCCCUUGGCCUGCAGCCCAGGGACAUCGUGCUUGACCUAUGUGCAGCUCCUGGGGGAAAGACGCUAGCGUUGCUUCAGACUGGCUGUUGCCGCAGUCUUGCAGCUAAUGAUCUCUCCACUUCUCGAAUAGCCAGACUACAGAAGAUCCUUCACAGCUAUGUGCCUCAAGAGAUCAGGGAUGGAAAUCAAGUUCGAGUUACCUCAUGGGAUGGCAGGAAAUGGGGAGAACUAGAGGGGGACACCUUUGACCGGGUGCUGGUGGAUGUGCCCUGUACCACAGACCGCCACUCCCUUCAUGAGGAGGAGAACAACAUCUUUAAGCGGUCAAGGAAGAAGGAACGACAGAUGUUGCCUCUGCUGCAAGUGCAGCUUCUUGCGGCUGGACUCCUUGCCACCAAACCAGGAGGCCACGUUGUCUAUUCCACCUGCUCACUCUCACACUUACAGAACGAGUAUGUGGUGCAAGGUGCCAUUGAGCUCCUGGCCAAUCAAUACAGCAUCCAGGUGCAGGUGGAAGAUCUGAGUCACUUCCGAAGGCUCUUCACGGAUACAUUUUGUUUCUUCUCAUCCUGCCAGGUUGGGGAGCUGGUAAUACCAAACCUCAUGGCCAAUUUUGGCCCUAUGUACUUCUGCAAAAUGCGUAGGCUGACAUAGCAUCACCCAAUCCCUGAAGCGAGAAGACAAAGGUAUACUCUGUUGGAGGCACCAGAAACUGAGACCAGUGGUAGAGAUGCACUCUGGGUCCUGUCUCCAUCUUAUCUGUGUCUUUCUGCAGUUUUCGACAAUAAGAAGUAGAAGAUUUUCUGUCCUCCUGUCCAAUUGUGCAGCAUCAGCAGGUUUCUAACUCACUCAUUACCCACCACCCCAUUGCAGGCUUGUACUAAAGUUCACUGCCCACUUAGGGCCUUAGAAGGAGGAGCCAGUGAGCAGGCUCACGCUUUAAGUUGUAAACAUGGGAAGAAGCAUUUGGCCAAUAAAGUUGUUGAAGCUC